CGCAAGCAGAAAGAACGGAGCAUAGCUUCUGGAGAGAAAGAGAGAUACCAACGAUUGAGGACGGCUAUUCUGUACGUCGGUCGUCGCUUGCAAACUUCCGUUCGGUCGUCGCCACCGCUUAUAAUUUAGGUUUGGAAAAGCUUCUUAGCUAUGUCUUGGUGCACCAUUGAAUCUGACCCCGGCGUCUUCACGGAGCUCAUACAGCAAAUGCAAGUUAAAGGAGUGCAGGUUGAAGAGUUGUACUCAUUGGACCUUGAUUCUCUUGACAGUCUUAGACCAGUAUAUGGCUUGAUUUUCCUCUUCAAGUGGCGCCCUGGGGAGAAAGAUGAGCGUCCUGUCAUCAAGGAUCCGAAUCCUAACCUCUUUUUUGCAAGUCAGGUAAUCAACAAUGCUUGCGCAACCCAGGCAAUCCUGUCCAUCCUAAUGAACUCUGCUAACAUGGAUAUCGGUCCUGAAUUAUCGAAACUGAAAGAAUUCACCAAGAACUUCCCACCAGAGCUCAAAGGCUUAGCCAUCAACAAUAGUGAAGCUAUACGUGCGGCUCACAACAGUUUUGCAAGACCCGAGCCUUUCAUCUCCGAUGAACAGAAAAUCGCUGGAAAAGACGAUGACGUGUACCACUUCAUCAGUUACAUACCUGUCGAUGGUGUGCUUUAUGAGCUUGAUGGAUUGAAAGAGGGCCCCAUCAGUCUCGGCCAGUGCUCGAACGACCUUGAUUGGCUCAAACUGGUUGGACCGGUGAUACAGGAACGCAUCGAGAGGUAUGCCAAGAGCGAGAUAAGGUUCAAUCUCUUGGCGGUGAUCAAGAACAGGAAAGAGAUGUACACCGCCGAGCUGAAGGAGCUCCAGAGGCAGAGGGAAAGGAUCCUGGCAGCUUCUCAAACCGAAGGGGGCGCUGGCGGGAGCUACGAAUCGAUGACCAAGUCGUUGUCCGAGUCGUUGUCCGAGGUGAACAGUGGGAUCGAGACCACAACUGCAAAGAUCCUGAUGGAGGAGGAGAAGUUCAAGAAGUGGAGAACCGAGAACAUUAGGAGGAAGCACAAUUACAUCCCGUUCCUGUUCAACUUCCUCAAAAUCCUUGCUGAGAAGAAGCAGCUCAAGCCUCUGGUCGAGAAAGCUAAGCAAAAGGCUGGCAACGCCAAGUGAAACAAAGACCGAUGGUAAACUCCAUCGGUCGACUUCAAUCCAGUCUGUACCUUGUUUUUGUGUCAUUUGAAAACUUCUUUUGUUUAAGAUUUCUAUCUAUGGCUUUUUGGAUGCUCUAGAAUGCAUAUCUUCAAGCAGAGUGACUGAGUUCAGAUGGGGCAGUGGAGAUCUCGCUCCUGAUCUUGUAACUGGACGGGGAUUGUUGUAGAUGGUAACAGUACAAACUUAACAUUUUACAGACGAGUCUUCAAUUGUUUUUUCCCCUCUGUACGUGGCUCUGUUUUCCGUUGACUUGGCAGCCAAGAAACCAUAUGUGGAAAGUUGGGCCUCUUAACCACAUUCAGUGGGCUGCUUGGGCUGACAAGGUAGGUUUGGCUGAAUCUGAGGGGCCCGCUUGAGGCUGGGGCUCAUUGCUACAGCAUUGAAGUAACCUUCAACAGUUUGAUGAUAUCACAAGUGUCACAACUAGGUUGUGGUCUUUGAUCCAAUGAAAUGAAUACACUGUUAGUUCUAUCCUUCGUCCUUUGAUUCUAAGAUUUCUUUCACUAUUGAUCAGUGAUCAAUGUUGAAUUCGCUUUGUCCGGAUUAGAUUGUUGCACAACUCC